AUAUUUGAUUCGCUGAUACCAGCUGUCAAAAGUCUGCUUUCUCAUUACCAUAACGAAACAAGAACGCCGAACCGAGCGAUUUGUACAGUGGCAAACCAAGGACUCGUAGUCUGCAAUUAUGACGACAUUUCGUGACAUCAUAUUAUGGCGUGACGUCAAAGUGACGGCGGUGGUAUUUGUCAGCGGUUUCGUGUUUCUGGUUUGUAUGACGCAGUUUAGUCUGCUGAGUGUGGUCACAGCAGUUGCCAUGAUCGCCCUCAUUCCCAUGCUAGUCAUCAGGCUCCUGUUUACCGCACGGUCGGCGUUCAUGAAGACUGAGUUCCAACACCCCUUGAACUCAUAUCUCAGCAAGGAUAUCAACGUAUCCAAGGACCGGGCUGACCUGAUCGGCGAAAGGGCUGCUGGGUACAUCGUGGACUCGACUGUUUACGUCAGACGCUUGUUCCUUGUGGAAGACCUUGCCGACUCGAUCAAGCUGCUCGUCGUCCUGUACAUCUUGUCCUAUCUGGCCCAAUGGUUCAGCGGUAUCACCCUCACGUUUAUCGGAUUCAUCGGAUUAUUCACCGUCCCUAAGGCAUACGACAUGUAUAGGGAAGAGAUCAACAGCGCCAUGAGCACGAUAAAGGUGGCCGUGGACGAUUUACUGGACAAAAUAAACGCCGCUGUACCGCUUGCCAAACCUAAACCAGUAGAAGACACUAAGAAAGCCAAGGCAGGGGAUCAAGACAAGGACAAAUCCGCCUGAGGGGGGAUGGGUGUGCAAUCUUUGCGUAUCUGUCAUAGCCACUAUGUGCGCAUACGCAAGAGAAAUAGACAUUAUGUUAAUUUCCCGGUUUAGCGGGCAUUUUGUUAUCGUAGGCAAAUUCCGUAUUGUUGCUAAUAUGGUCAUCGCCAAUACCCGAUGAUGAUUUACUUGCGAAUGGUUGAUUCUUUGUAAAGACCGCAUGAACGCGCCUACAUUGUCCCCUAGAACAGGGUUGACACACGAGCAGCAUAGAACACUUAGCAUAACACCCUAAGCUCAUAUACAAUAACUGCACUUAGAAAUCACGAGACUAUUCACCCUAAGCUCAUAUACAAUAACUGCACUUAAAAAUCACGAGACUAUUCAAGAAGCAACACGCCAAAAUAAACACAGAAAUGGCCGUGGUCGUCACGUCAAAGCAACUAACAAAAUUAAGAUAUUCCAAUGAAAAUAAGCCCUCUCUGACUAAGAAACUUUCGACUUAUCUGUAAGCGCUGAAUAACAAGUUUUUUGUUGUUAUUUUCCCGCCAAAUCCGGUGUGCGCGAGUUCGCCACCAAAAAAGUCACGUGAUUUUUAAUGCUAGUCGCAUAUUCACAGCAGAAACACUAAUGCGUCCAACGUGUACUGUUCUGUCCCUCAUACCGAUAAGCUAUGUGAGUAGAUAUAACACUGAUUGAAAGAUUGAAGACGCAAUUCGAUGUGUCACCUUCCGUUAAUUAUAACCCCUUUAGAAUUCGGUAUUUCACAUGAACCCAGCAUUAGGCAUCAUGGAAACAUAUAAUUAUCAAAUAUUAAUAAACAUCGUAGAAGCGUAAAA